AAAAACUCUCUUAAACCUCCUCUUGUUUAUCCCCUGUUCUGUGCCUCUUGUUUAUUCGUCUUCCCCAGCCCAAAAAUGCCCACUUUUUCUUCUUUUCUCUGAACAUUCAUUUCUCCUCUUCUUCCUCAACUAUGGGCUCCCUCCAUCCGGUGCCACAAGUCUGCACUCCUCUCCUGCUGAAAUUCAGCUCUUCUUCUCCUUCUAUCUGGACCCUUUUCACGGUCAACCGCUCUUUCCUCUACAAACAGAGAUAUCCAUUAUUAGCUACCAUGGCUGUCUACACUCAAGGGCGUCUCCCCGUCUCAAGUCCCAACACCCACAAAUUGGCUCCGAAAAGAGAAAAGAUGGAGCUUGAGACUGAUGCCAUCUCCAUUCUACACGAAAAGAUACGCCGUGACCACGGCAAGAGAGAGGCCACAAGGCCUGGAAUGGACUCUCAGGAGGCUGACAUGUACAUUCAGCUUGUGAAAGAGCAGCAACAGAGGGGAUUGCAGAAGCUGAAAGGGGAUAGGGAGUGUAAGGAAGGAGGUGUCUUUAGCUACAAGGUUGAUCCUUACACGCUGCGUUCUGGGGACUAUGUUGUUCACAAGAAAGUGGGUGUUGGCAGGUUUGUUGGGAUUAAGUUUGAUGUUUCUAGGACUUCUACUGAACCCAUCGAGUUCGUCUUUAUCGAGUAUGCUGAUGGAAUGGCUAAGCUCCCUGUUAAGCAGGCUACUCGCAUGCUCUAUCGAUAUAAUCUCCCAAAUGAAACAAAAAAGCCUAGGACCUUGAGUAAGUUGAGUGACACUAGUGCAUGGGAGAGGAGAAAGACCAAAGGAAAGGUUGCAAUUCAAAAGAUGGUUGUAGAUUUAAUGGAGCUCUAUUUACAUAGACUCAAACAAAAAAGACCUCCAUACCCAAGGAGUCCUGCCAUGGCUGAAUUCGCAUCUCAGUUUCCUUAUGAACCCACGCCAGAUCAAAAGCAGGCUUUUAUUGAUGUAGAGAAAGACUUAACCGACCGAGAAACUCCAAUGGAUAGAUUGAUAUGCGGAGAUGUUGGGUUUGGUAAAACCGAAGUUGCAUUACGAGCCAUAUUUUGUGUGGUGUCAGCAGGGAAGCAAGCUAUGGUUUUGGCACCCACAAUUGUUCUUGCCAAGCAACAUUUUGAUGUCAUUUCAGAGAGGUUUUCCAAGUAUCCGAGCAUCAAGGUUGGACUUCUUAGUCGGUUUCAGGGUAAAGCAGAGAAAGAGGAGCAUUUGAACAUGAUAAAAAAGGGUGAUCUAGACAUUAUUGUCGGAACUCACUCACUUCUGGGAAACCGUGUUGUCUAUAAUAAUCUAGGCCUGCUUGUAGUUGAUGAGGAACAGAGGUUCGGUGUCAAGCAAAAGGAGAAGAUUGCAUCUUUUAAGACUUCAGUUGAUGUCCUUACUCUCUCUGCAACACCUAUACCCAGAACGCUUUAUUUAGCUUUGACUGGUUUCCGUGAUGCCAGUUUAAUUUCUACACCACCUCCAGAAAGGGUUCCUAUCAAAACCCAUCUUUCAGCAUUUGGUAAAGAAAAGGUCAUUGCAGCAAUCCGGUAUGAGCUGGAUCGUGGUGGUCAAGUUUUCUAUGUCUUACCUCGAAUUAAAGGAUUGGAAGAAGUGAUGGAUUUUCUUAAACAAUCAUUUCCAGAUGUUGAUAUAGCUAUUGCUCAUGGGAAGCAAUAUUCCAAGCAACUUGAAGAAACCAUGGAGAAAUUUGCGCAGGGUGAAAUUAAGAUUCUUAUAUGCACAAAUAUAGUUGAAAGUGGGCUUGACAUUCAAAAUGCAAACACUAUCAUAAUCCAGGAUGUUCAACAAUUUGGCCUGGCACAACUGUAUCAGUUGCGUGGAAGGGUUGGGCGGGCGGAUAGAGAAGCUUAUGCAUACUUAUUUUACCCUGAUAAGUCCUUACUAUCUGAUCAAGCAUUGGAGAGGCUUGCAGCUCUUGAAGAAUGCCGUGAGCUUGGCCAAGGUUUCCAACUCGCAGAGAGAGACAUGGGUAUCAGAGGCUUUGGUACCAUCUUUGGUGAGCAACAGACAGGGGAUGUUGGAAAUGUUGGCAUUGAUCUUUUCUUUGAGAUGCUUUUUGAGAGUUUGUCCAAGGUUGAAGAACACCGUGUAGUGUCAGUUCCUUAUCAGUCAGUGGAGAUUGAUAUCAAUAUAAACCCUCAUCUCCCCUCUGAGUACAUAAAUUAUCUGGAGAACCCCAUGGAAAUCAUUAAUGACGCUGAGAAAGCAGCUGAGAAAGACAUCUGGAGUUUGAUGCAGUUUACAGAGAAUCUUCGCCGUCAAUAUGGAAAAGAGCCAUAUUCCAUGGAAAUUCUUUUGAAGAAGCUUUAUGUAAGGCGAAUGGCAGCAGAUCUUGGGAUCAGCAGAAUCUAUGCUUCAGGAAAGAUGGUUGGCAUGGAAACCAGGAUGAGUAAGAGGGUUUUCAAGCUGAUGACAGAUUCCAUGAUAUCUGAUGUGCACCGGAAUUCUUUGAUAUUUGAGGGAGGUCAAAUAAGGGCAGAACUACUUCUGGAGCUGCCACGAGAGCAGUUGCUAAAUUGGAUCUUCCAGUGCUUGGCGGAACUUCAUGCUUCGCUUCCUGCUCUCAUUAAAUAUUAGUAGAGCAUUGUCUAUUUCACUUGCUGCUGGUUGCUCUAUGAAAAUUUUUAUUGGAAAGGAAGCCCAUAAUCUCUCGUGCUCCAAUGCAUUUUGGUCCAUUGUAUAAAUCACAUUAGAUGACUGGGGAGAAGAAAAGAAAAGGAAAGAACAGAAACCAACAGCCAUUUAUGAAUACGUAGGAAUAUAGCAUGGGAGGUGGUAGGAUCUGAUUAUGAUUGCAUUUGUGCGCUGUGUUGAGGCAAGAAAAACAAGUUCUUUACAAUUUGUCACGGCAAUUAUUGUAGCCUUUGAUUGGCUCUCCUUAUGCUGGUUAUAUAAGGUUGCAACAGUAAGCAAGCCAACUUAUUCUGCUCAUGCUUUAGUGCAUUAAUGGUCGUCUUUCUGAUUUGAUGUUGCUGCCUGCAAUUGAGUUAUGCAGGUCUCUUUCCAUAAGCUUAGCAUCACAAGGAUGUAUGCUUGCUGAAGGUAGAAAAGAGGAUUGGGAGGUUCGUCAUUCAUGCCGCUCGUAACAAUUACUUUGAAGCUGUAAGUGUUUGAUAAGCAUUGCCUCAUUGGUGGUUUAGGAUAUGGGAAGUGUCAUCGACAUUUAUGUUCCUGUCUCUCUUUCUAUAUAUAUGAAUUUUAAAGUAAGAAGCAGAAAGUGUUGAGUCUGUAAAUACCUUUGGUGAUUGGAUUUUGCACCGCAUUCUUUUGAAGAUCAACAUUUACAGAUGUAACUUUUCAUAAAAAGAAAAAUGAAAAAAGAAAAAAAUUUGGAAAUUAUGAAUUAAACAAAAACGGGUUAUUAUAGGCGGCAAAUGCAAAUUAGAUUAUUGUUUUGUGCA